ACCACACGAAACCUGUUCCACUUUAUGACUACAUAAAAACAUUCAAGUAAAUAUCUUUUUGCUGCGGUUUUUAUUUUCUUUCCAAAAGAUUCAUUCUUGUGACCAGAGCGCCUCAAAUAUUUCACGUGUGAAAGUGUUGCAAUUUUCUCUCUGUCACAUUUUCCAUCUCGGCUCAAUCGAGUUGCGGGCGCCCGCUGGGGGUGAGAAAACUGCCCGUGUGCAACUUUUUCCGCCAGCGAUAUUAGCUACACCUGCACAUGAAAAAGCUCACGUGCGACCAACUCUUUAUGAUUCUUUGUCCGUUAGCCGCCAUGUGGGCAGCCCGUGGGAGUCGCUGGUGGGACGGCGCAAUUUCCAGCAGAGCAGAGCAGAGAGGAGAAAAGCCUGAAAUGUAUGCCUUCAUCUCGCUUUCAAAAGGCAUGUCCUGAUCAAGCGUUUCGCUGUGGCGACCCCGAACGGGACAAGCCGCUUAUCCUCACAAGGUUCGCAGGGAGUGCUGGAGUCUAUCCCAGCUGUCAACGGGAAGGAGGCAGGGUACACCCUGAAGUGGUUGCCGGCCAAUCGGAGGGCACAUGGUCCGUCGCCGCCCGUCUCUCUCUCGCGGGGAACCCGACGCGUCUCCCCGAAGAUCGGGCGGCGGACCUGCCGCCAUGUCGCCCUUCCUGCGCAUCGGCUUCUUCGGCUUUGAGAUGGAGCCGGGCCUGGAGUACCAGCGGGAGACGCUCAGCCCUUACUGCGCCGUCCGCAUGAAGGAGGCGGUCGACACAGAAAAGGGGCAGGUGUACAAGCAGAAGAAGCCCACCAUGUACCCCCCCUGGAGCACCACCUUCGACGCGCACGUCCACCGCGGCCGCGUCAUGCACGUGAUGGUGAAGGACCGCACGGCCGAGCUCAAGUCGGAGGCCACCGUGGCGCUGGACUCGCUGGCCGCGCGCUGCAGGAAGGAGAACGGCAAGCUGGAGAUUUGGUUGGACUUGAAGCCGCAGGGCCGCCUGCGCAUGGAGGCCAAAUAUUACCUGGAGACCAGCGACACAGCGGGGCAGGCCGACAGCGAUUCCGAGCGCGAGGUUCCGUUUGCCCUCCAUCAUCGGCGCGGCGCCAUCAAACAGGCCAAAAUUCACCCGGUCAAGUGUCACGAGUUCAGCGCCACCUUCUUCCCGCAGCCGACGUUCUGCUCCGUCUGCAAAGAGUUUGUGUGGGGCCUAAACAAGCAAGGUUACCGGUGCGGGCAAUGCAACGCGGCCAUCCACAAGAAAUGCAUCGACAAGGUCAUCGCCAAAUGCACGGGGUCGGCCGUCAACAGCAAGGAAACCAUGAUUCACAAGGAGCGCUUCAAGAUCGACAUGCCGCACAGGUUCAAAGUGCACAACUACAAGAGCCCGGCCUUCUGCGAGCACUGCGGGACCCUCCUGUGGGGGCUGGCCAAGCAGGGGCUCAAAUGUGAGGAAUGCGGCAUGAACGUCCACCACAAGUGCCAGAAGAAAGUGGCCAACCUGUGCGGCGUCAACCAGAAACUGAUGGCCGAAGCGCUGGCCGUCAUCGAGGGCAGGCAGCAGGCCAGAACCACCAAAGACGCCGACAUCGUCGGUCGGGAAGGUCCCGUCGGCGUCAACCAGCCGGGACUGAUUUGGGCCGGCGCACCCGACACGAGUUUGGCAGCUUCCGCGCCGCCUGCAAAGGUGCAAGGCGUGUCCUGGGAGGGACCGGCAGUCGCCGACGGGCCGCCCGACGACGAGGAGGAAGAUUACCUUUACGAUGUUCCCAGGCAGGAUCGGCCCAAGUUCUCCAUCGACGACUUCGUCCUGCACAAGCUGCUGGGGAAGGGCAGCUUCGGCAAGGUGUUUUUAGCCGAGCUGAAAGCGAGCGCUCAGUUUUUCGCCAUCAAGGCUCUGAAGAAGGAUGUGGUUCUGAUGGACGACGACGUGGAGUGCACCAUGGUGGAGAGGAGGGUCCUCGCUCUGGCCUGGGAGAACCCCUUCCUCACCCACCUGCACUGCACCUUCCAGACCAAGGAGAACCUCUUCUUCGUCAUGGAGUACCUGAACGGAGGCGACCUCAUGUUCCACAUCCAGAACUGCCGCAAGUUUGACCUGCACAGAUGCACCUUCUACGCGGCCGAGAUCGUCUGCGGCCUUCAGUUCCUGCAUUCCAGAGGAAUCAUCUACAGGGAUCUGAAGCUGGACAACGUGCUACUGGACUCCGAAGGCCACAUCAAGAUCGCGGACUUCGGCAUGUGCAAGGAGAAGAUGUCGGAGGAGGCCAGGACGUCCACUUUCUGCGGGACGCCGGACUACAUCGCUCCCGAGAUCCUGCUGGGCCAGAAGUACAACAGCUCGGUGGACUGGUGGUCGUUCGGCGUCCUGCUGUACGAGAUGCUGAUCGGCCAGUCUCCCUUCCGCGGCCGGGACGAGGAGGAGCUCUUUCAGUCCAUACGCACCGACGACCCCGCGUACCCCCGCUGGCUGAACCAAGACGCCAAGGACAUCCUGAUCAAGCUGUUUGUCCGAGAGCCCGAAGAGCGGCUGGGAGUGAAGGGAAACAUCAGGCUGCACGGCUUCUUCGGCGCCACCGACUGGAAGGCCCUGGAACAGCGGAAGGUGGUGCCCCCCUUCAAGCCGACCUCGACGUCCGCCAGCGACUGCAGCAACUUCGACAAAGAGUUCCUCAACGAGAAGCCGCGCCUGUCGUGCGCCGACCGGGCACUCCUGAACAGCGUGGACCAGACCAUGUUCCGGAACUUCUCCUUGGUCAAUCCGGGCAUGGCCCGCGUGGCGGCGCGCUGCUGAACUCUUUCACCAAACUUUUAAAGCAAAGAGAUUUAAAAUAAAAUAAAAUAAAAACAGCGGCUCUGGCCCUGCGGCCGAAUAAGACAAAAACUGACAGGUUCAACGUCACUUAAAUGGUCAUCAUAAAUGUCAAACCACAUUUUAAUGAAUGUAAUUCAUUAAUCGUAGCAACUAUUCAGACCUCUUGUUUUUUUUUUUUUUAAAUCGCGGUGCUUUUCGUGGAACACACGACGGACUUUGGACUGUCAAUCCUCUUGUCAUGUUUACAUUUCAAUUUUGUUACCGUACCUCAGAAGUGCCGAUGGCGCUGGCCGUUUGGACUUCAAUAAUAAAACGCGUGAUGUCCAUGA